AUGCUUCGCUGGGUUCUGACGCUUGGCGUGGUCUUGGAGGUGAGCGGGAACUCGAUGUACAUCGCCAAGCUGUGCAAGGGGCGGACCUGCAACGACCUCAAGUUCCCCAUUUUGGACUACGACGCUGCCACCAAGACCUGCGUUUGCACCGCGCACCCCUGCUGGAACGAUAAUGGGCUCCAGCACAAAUGCCCCGGGGAGAAGCAUGAUGACAAGUUUCUGACAUUCUUCUACGAAAAGUCGGGCAAGCUCAACUGUGGCUGCAGCAAGGAGCCAGACUACAAGUCCCUGUACCUGAGCAAGGAGCUUUGCCCAGGUGAGCACUGCACCCCUGAACAUCCCAUCCUCGACUAUGACCAGGACACAAAGACCUGCAUUUGCCGGACGCAUCCUUGCGGAGACAUCGAUGGGCUCACGCACACGUGUCCCACUGAGAAGUUUCCGAUCUUGCGGUACCGUGUGGAUGAGGAUGAGCAGACGAAGGAGUCAAAGAACGUUUGCGAGUGCAUCGCCCCGAUGCAUGCGCCCAAAGAUGAGCUGUGA